UCACAAUACAAACGUUUUGAAGAAGAAGUAAAGGCCAACAGUUGUGUAGCCCAGAACUCAAACCCUAAACCCUACAUAUCUCUCCGUCGCACCGCUCUUCUCUUUUUCAUCGGCCCAUCGGGAAUCAUAUGGCUUUCUUCUCCACCGUAAGGCGCGUUCUUAAUGGAUCUUCUUCUUCUUCUUCUUCCUCUUCCAUUCUCCGAUCCCAAUGGAAUGCCGUUCGUCUCAGCUCAACUCUCACAUCACCCAAACUCUUCAUCAGUGGUCUUUCGAGAUUAACAACAGAUGAGAAGCUCCGAGAAGCCUUUUCUUCCUUUGGUCAGCUUGUAGAUGCAAAGGUUGUAACCGAUAGGGCGACGGGAAGAUCAAAGGGAUUUGCAUUUGUGACCUACAGUACAAUAGACGAGGCUGAGAAAGCUAGAGAAGAAAUGAAUGCAAAGUUUCUUGAUGGAUGGGUUAUUUUUGUUGAUCCUGCCAAACCCAGGGAGCCUAGGCCUCCUCCACAGCCUCAAUCUGAGACCUCUGAAUUUGGUAUCAGAACAAACAAGACAAUUGGUUGGUGUGGAUAAUUGCUUGCAGAAUUUUUGAAAUCUCAUAGCAUUUGGUCAUUUUUUCCAAUUGCAUAUGGUUGAGUCGGAUGUAUGUUCUUCAUCCAUGGGUACUAUAGAUAAAAUUCAUGAACACCACUCUCAAGGUGGCCUCAAAACUGCGAGAAAUUGCGCAUUAUUUUGUUAUAGAUAUGGAUUUGGAUUCAGAAAAGUAUUUACUGACCUUAGGUUUAUUACCCAUAUUUAAAUUCUUAACUUCUUAUAUGUAUUUUGUUUUAGUUCCUAUA